AUGGGCUCAGCAGACUUUGGGGAUCUGGUACUUCUUAUUGGUGACUUGAAUAUUCCAUAUGGUGCUAAAGAGCUACCAACAAGUUUCAGGGAAUUAUUAGCUACAGAUAAAAUAAACUACGUUCUUUGUACAGGGAAUAUAGGCUCACAGGAAUACGUUGAUGUUCUACAAAAUAUAACUUCGAAUAUAUAUAUAGUUAAGGGUGAUUUAGAUAGUGGAAUAGUUAAUCCAGACCCUCAAAGUAAUGGUGAAUUUCCUGAAUAUAUAGUUGUUCAGAUAGGUGAAUUUAAAAUUGGCCUGAUGCAUGGGAAUCAGGUAAUCCCAUGGGAUGAUAUGGAUGCCCUUGUUCAAUGGCAAAGGAGAUUGGAUUGUGAUAUUUUAGUAACUGGUCAUACACAUAAAUUAAGAGCAACGGAAAUAAAUGGAAAGUUAUUAAUAAAUCCAGGAUCUGCAACUGGUGCAUUCAGUGCAUACAAUCCAGAUGCAGUCCCUUCAUUUAUGUUAAUGGCUCUACAAGGAAAGAAGGUAGUUCUGUAUGUAUAUGACUUAAAAGAUGGUAAAACAAAUGUAGCAAUGAGUGAAUUUUCUAAAUAG